UGAUUACGUGGUUGGACGUGCUCACUAAUUGACAGGUCGGAGUGAGCACGCCCAACAGUUGUAAAUAAGAUCAUGUUACGCAACAACUUUCUCUGGUGGGUGAAAGCGGUGCAGUGAAAGUGAGAGAAAGCACAGAGUUGAUCCUUACCCCAUGUCCUUCUGAAAAUACUAUGAGACUGGAGCUAUGUGCGACUUAUGGCUCUUCCAUCUUGAGAUGGAAAAAUCAAAUAAAUAGAUACGGCAGGAAUUUACUACAUAUGUUGGUUUACUAUUCUUACGAUUAAUGUUAAUUAAAAGUUAAUUUUUUGUGCAUACACUUUGUACUUUAGUUUGGUUUGGCUAACAAUGGAGGUGGAUGAGUCAUUUUCUGAAGACGACGACUUCGUCACAACGCAGAAGAGGACGACACCGAAGGUGGUUAAAAAAAGGCGAAAUUAGUGAAAGCCGGUCCAUCUACGCCUGCUGCUAAAUCUAACCUUUCCACCGCAAAGACUGCUACAGCCGCCCCUGAUCCUAGUAAACAUUUGGCCGUGGAGACUACGAGAGCCCCCAACUGUGAUGAAGGGGAAUUAAAUCCCCGUGGUUCGAAGGAUAAGGAGAAGAGAAAGUCGGAAACCGCUACAAGUCUUGCCCGUGAAGACCAGACUUUCCAACCCGUCCCGUGGUCCUACAUUGUUGAUGAGGAGGAGAUGGAAGUGGAGGAGGAAGAAAUGCGACUCAGGGAUGGAAGGGGGAUCAUUUAUAGAGAUGGGGAUUUGGAUGAAGAAUUCCAAAUAAGGCACGUGUCUUUGUUGGAUACGAAAAUUGACACAACGGUUAAAGGUGAAGGGGUCGAUCAAAUCAGAAAGACGAUUCUGCGGUUAGUUGGACUGGCUGAGACUGAAACCACUUCCCCUGACCUCGAUGUUUAUGAAGCCUCCCCACAACUUGUUUUGACCCAGGAGGAGCAGGGAUUGACCGCUGCACAGAAGGAGGUUCUCUUUCAGGAGAUUUUCCGCAGAGGAGGUCGUGUUGUCGUGGAAGACAAACCAGGAUGGUUUUUAAUCAUUCACAAAGCCCCCACCACCGGGUUAAUUCAUUUGUGCUUAGAGAUACCACGACAAGUUAGAGGAGUAUGGAUCUAUGCAGCUUUCAGGCUUUGUACGAAACCAAAGUGUUACCAAUACAACUCAACAUUCUCGAGUGAUGUCUUCCCCAAAUGCAUUCAACAUCAAUCCAAUCCCAUCUAUACCGUGUCAAAAGUGACUGAUUACAAUCGAAAUGACGUUGUGUUGUUUCUUCACAUAAGGGGUAGAAUCUCUGUAGCGUCGAAUUCAUCCGAUCAGACGAAAGAUGAAGAGGCCGAAUUAUAUAUUAGUCAGAUAUGUUCCUCUUACACGGGGUGGAAAAACUAUUGUGCCACGGAGGGCCUAGCAAGUCGACCAAUCCCCAAAUCCAUAUCGCGACACCAUUUUAACAACGAAGGCGAGGCUCUAAGGAUGCUGUCAUUGGAAUCAACAAUUGGAAUGUUUAUGAAACUCGCUCCCGGAUCUCAGCCCAUCAUAAGUUUGGAUGAACUCAUCCCCUUGUGUUAUGGAAUGGAGGAUGAGAUCGACGCACGACUGAAAGAGUUGGGAAUGGAACUCAAGAUUCGUCGCCAUUUAACACCAACGGAGAGGAAGAAGGUCAAGUACCUAUUUCCGGGAGAAUAUCUUCUUGGAGCAGCAGCAGCAGCAGCAGAACAACAACCAAAGAAAGGGAAGACCUUUUUGUACACCAUCAUGAGUCGGAAUAUGUGGUAUUUUGGGUGGAGCAACACCCCCGAUUUCAAGGGCCGUUUGAACGAAAGGGGAAGUGAUGGUGCUAGGGAGUACAAACGCAUAACCGAAAAGAGACAGAAGGGUAGGGAGUUAGAGAUAGAGGGACUGAAACAGAGAGAUAGACAGUUAGGUAGAACAGAGGAGUUAUGUAUUUAUCCACCCCCACUGAAAGCUCCCACCAUGACGUGCUACCUACUCGCCAACUGUGAGGAUGAUGAAAAGAACACCAUCAAGACCAAAACCAUCGAGGCGAAGAUGAUAAUAGCUGGAUAUGUGGCAUAUUUGUUGGGAUUCCGUAAUCCUAUUCGGCCUAAUUCUGACAUCGGUUACUCUGCUAAUAAAUGUGUUUCUAUUGGUUUAGUUGAUUCUACUUCAUGGGGCGAGAUUUGUGAGUUUGUCAAGUUGUUCUGGGGAUUUGAGCCAAUGUUGGCGAAGUAUGAGAGAAAUUGAAGUAUGUAGAGAUUUUUUGUAUAUGUAAAACUAGGAUGAAAUAAAUUGAAUGCGUUUUGCCUUUCAUACCACUUGAGGUUGAACACACCGGUCACGUUGGCUGCAACCACAAGGGGAGGAGGUCACAUUAGAAAA